AGGCUCUUCUGUGUUGAGCGGAGGAGCAGCUCUGUGCCCAGCUUAGAGGACUGGAAGAGGCCGCAACCUUCCGCCUGCUGGAUGGAGGGUGGAGGAUGGAUGGAGCCUGGAGCCUGGGUCACUACCUCGGUGCGGUUGGUGGUGGCGACAGAGCAGCAGGAGAGCGGUCGGCAGCAGGAGCUUCUCCUGCCAGGCUGGAGGACUAGAAGGAAGAGGCACUGCCACAUGCUGGAGACUGGAACCUGUGCCACCAUGGCUCGCCUCGCUGUGGUUGGUGGUGACGUCAGAGACUGCAGCUCAGCCACAGUGGUAGAAAAGUGAUGGGGAACUUAUGUUGAUGCAGUAAACUCUUUGGGGCCAAACAGCACUUUUUGUUGCAGCGUUAUUGGGGCCUUAGGAAAUUUGUUGAUGUUCUGGUGGAUUAUGGAUCAGAUCCAAAUCACUAAAGAGAGAAAGUUCCCUGGUGAUUCUGAUGUGUAGCCAGGUUGGGAAACUAAGGCUAUACAUCAUAUCCUCACCAUAUUCUGGACACAUUAAAGGCUGUCCGUUCAUGCCUCAGACAGUUUACUGGCUUAGUUGAAAUUUUUCUGAGGUGAAAUUUUUCUGAGGUGUAGAUCCUUGACUGCAUUGCUGAUGCCAAGGUAUUGUGCUCUACCACAGGAUUUUUUGGGGGGGCUGUGGGGAGACAUUCUCAAACGAGAGAGGUGGCGCCUUGUUAGGCUGUGCUUGACUAGCCUGAUCCCAGGACACUGCAGAUGUGAAGACAUUGUUUCCAGGCAGCCAAUAUCAGGGUGCUGGGGAAAGAAAAUUGGAUUUGGAACCAGAUCUAUGCCUGGGAAUGAACCUCAGCUUUGCCGUUUUGUUUUUUCAUCUGUAAAUUGGGAAACGAUACUUCCUUGAAGGGUUGAGUGCAAAAGGGAAAAAAAAGGGAUUGUGUAUGUGUGUGUGUGUGUGUGUGUGCAGAAAGUUCCUGUGGGCACAGACAGGGGCCUCACAAAUGAUGUUGUUAUAUUCCUCAUCACCAAGGUUGCCUUGUAGAAUGGGAGCCCUGUGUUGCACACUGAGCCCCACUCCAUGGAAUGCAGGAGCAUUGCCAUGGACAUCCAUUGUACCCAUCUCCCUCCCCAGCCGCUGCUUUGAUGGGAGCACCCCUGUCCAUGCAGCAGCAUUUUCAGGCAAUCAGUGGAUCCUUAGCAAACUGCUGGAUGCAGGAGGUGACCUGCGACUCCACGAUGAGAGGGGUCAAAACCCGAAGACUUGGGCUUUGACAGCAGGAAAGGAGCGUAGCACCCAGGUAGUGGAGUUCAUGCAGUGCUGUGCCUCACACAUGCAGGCCAUCAUCCAGGGCCUCUCUUAUGACCUCCUGAAGAAGAUAGACUCCCCGCAGCAGCUUGUCUACAGCCCGCCCUGGUGUGGGGGCCUCGUGCAGGGAAACCCUAAUGGCUCUCCUAACUGACUGCUUAAAGCUGGAGUCAUUUCUGCUCAAAAUAUCUACAGCUUUGUUUUUGGGAAGUUUUAUCUUACUGGGGCGACACAGAUGGCCUAUCUAGGAUCUCUUCCGGUCGUUGGAGAAAAGGAAGAGAUUCGAGCUGCUGAUGAGCCCACCUUCUCUUUCUUCAGCAGCCCCUACAUGGUCAUGACCAACAAGGACAGAGGUGUACAGAGGGACCUGACUCGAGUGCCCCUUCCUACGCAGCUAUACAACGGGGCCGCACCAGAAGUGAUCUUACAGAAGGCAGCCACAGUGAAAUCAGACAUCUACAGCUUUUCUAUGAUCAUGCAGGAGAUUUUAACAGAUGACAUACCCUGGAAUGGCUUAGAUGACUCAGUUGUUAAAAAAGCCUUAGUCUUGGGGAAUUAUUUAGAAGCUGAUGUCAGGCUUCCGAAACCUUACUGUGAUAUUGUUAAGUCAGGCAUCCACGUCAAGCAGAAAGACCGAACUAUGAACCUUCAAGAUAUCCGGUAUAUUCUGAAGAAUGACUUAAAGGAUUUUACUGGAGCCCAGAGAACUCAACCAACCGAGAGCCCCAGAGUGCAGAGAUACGGACUCCAUCCUGAUGUCAAUGUCUAUCUAGGACUGACUUCAGAACACCCCAGAGAGACCCCUGACAUGGAAAUCAUAGAGCUAAAGGAAAUGGGCAGUCAACCUCUUUCACCAAGGGUCCACUCUUUAUUCACUGAGGAGACACUAGAUCCUCAGGCCCCAGAUGCAUGUCUGAUGGCCAGGGAGACUCAGAAUCAAGAUGCUCCUUGCCCUGCUCCAUUUAUGGCAGAAGAGGCCAGCAGCCCCAGCACAGGUCAGCCAAGCCUCUGCAGUUUCAAAAUCAACGAGAUCUACUCAGGCUGCUUGAUUUUGGAAGAUGACAUAGAAGAGCCUCCAGGAGCUGCUUCAUCUUUGGAGGUAGACGGACCUAACCAGGUAGGUGAACUGAAAUCCAUGGAAGAAGAGCUGGAUAAGAUGGAAAGAGAGGCGUGUUGUUUUUGCAGUGAGGAUGAGAGCUCUUCAAAAGCUGAGACAGAGUACUCUUUUGAGGACUGGGACUGGCAAAACGGUUCACUCAGUUCACUCAGCCUUCCUGAGUCAACCAUAGAAGCCAAGAGCAAUUUGAACAACAUGUCCAUGACUGAGGAGUAUCUCAUCAGUAAGUGUGUGCUGGAUCUGAAGAUUAUGCAGACAAUAAUGCAUGAGAAUGAUGAUAGGCUGAGGAUUAUCGAGCAGAUAUUAGAUGAAGUUGAGAUGAAACAGAAGGAGCAGGAAGAGCGCAUGUCUUUAUGGGCCACUUCAAGAGAGUUUACAAAUGCCUACAAGUUACCUCUGGCCGUGGGCCCUCCAUCUUUAAACUAUAUUCCUCCUGUCCUACAGCUUUCAGGGGGUCAGCAGCCAGACACCAGUGGCAACUACCCAACCCUACCAAGAUUUCCAAGAAUGCUGCUGACUCUUUCUGACCCUGGAAAACAGAACACAGAUGAACAAUUUCAGUGCACUCAAGGAGCCAAGGACAGUUUGGAAACAAGCAGGAUCCAAAAUACCAGAUCCAGCAUUCGGAGGCAAACAUGAAGCUCCAUCCUCUCCAAUUUCGGGGCAACCAUGUGGAGAUGAACAAAAUGCUUUACCUUCAAAACUUUCAAAUGAAGAGUUAAUACAGAGUAUGGAUCGUGUAGAUUGAAAAAUUGCAAAAGUAGAACAGCAGAUCCUUAAACUGAAAAAGAAACAAGUAAAAGUCUUUGCCUAAUAUAUUCUAAGAAUGUAUGUUUUUCUCCGUACAGAAGAUAUUUUUGAGUUUUCCAUAUUUUGAAACUUUACAUAAAAGGAAUCAUGCCUUA